GUCAACAUGGAUUUCGAGUUCAAACGUCGGACGGCACAACUCCGAGAGAAGGUCGAGGAUAUCUAUGACUUUGAAGGCUGCAAGAUCGGCCGAGGCACUUAUGGACACGUCUACAAGGCCAAACGGAAGGAUGGGUCUGAUCCGAAAGAAUACGCGUUGAAACAGAUCGAAGGAGCCGGACUAUCCAUGUCUGCUUGUCGAGAAAUUGCGCUUCUGCGCGAACUCAAACACCCGAAUGUGAUCAAUUUGAUACGCGUGUUCUUGUCUCAUCCGGAUCGAAAAGUCUCUUUGUUGCUUGAUUUUUCGGAGCACGAUCUUUGGCACAUCAUCAAAUUUCAUCGGGCGGCAAAGGCCAACAAGAAGCAGGUAAUGGUCUACAAGGGUAUGGUCAAAUCACUACUAUACCAGAUUCUGGAUGGCAUCCACUAUCUUCAUUCCAAUUGGGUUCUGCAUAGAGAUCUGAAACCGGCCAACAUUUUGGUCAUGGGCGAAGGUCCUGAGCGUGGUCGCGUCAAAAUUGCCGACAUGGGUUUCGCUCGUUUGUUUAAUUCGCCGCUGAAGCCCUUGGCCGAUUUAGACCCCGUGGUAGUGACGUUUUGGUAUCGUGCCCCUGAAUUAUUGCUGGGAGCCCGACAUUACACCAAGGCUAUCGAUAUUUGGGCGAUUGGUUGCAUUUUUGCGGAGCUCCUUACCUCUGAGCCCAUUUUCCAUUGCCGACAAGAAGACAUUAAGACGAGUAACCCGUAUCACCACGACCAAUUGGAUCGGAUCUUUUCGGUGAUGGGAUUUCCGCAAGACAAGGACUGGGAAGAUAUCAGGCGCAUGCCCGAGCACCCUACGCUCACGAAAGAUUUUAAACGUUCCAAUUACCAAAGUUGCUCCCUCAUCAAAUACAUGGACCGUCAUCGCAUUAAGCCCGAUUCAAAGGCGUUCCUAUUGCUGCAAAAGCUUCUACUUAUGGAUCCUACCAAACGAAUCACGUCCGAAGCGGCACUUCUGGACGGAUACUUUAGAGAAGAACCUCUCCCAACGCAGGAUGUUUUCGGUAGUGGUCCGAUUCCCUAUCCCAAGCGAGAAUUUUUGACCGAUGACGACAACGAGGACAAGAACGAUUCCAAGAUGAAUCGCUCUGAUCGGACCAGCAACAAUGUGUCCAACCGUGGCAACGACAUGGGCAAUCCCCAAGACAAUGGUCAACCUCCUUUGAAACGAAUCCGAAUGGGUCCCACCAAUCAUAUCCAAUCGAAUUCGUCCGGAGGAGUUCCCCAACAAGGAGGAGGACCCGGCGGACACGGAGGAGGCUCCUAUGGGAAUCACCCGCAUCAAAACCAAGGCCACCCGCAUCAUGGCCACAUGGUUGGUUAUGGAGCGCCUCAGAAUCCUAAUCAACAGCAAUUUAAUCAACAACAGCGAUAUUAAUUGUAAGAGCAAUCAUUUCCUGAAUAAAUGAACAUUUUGUCCACCGAAGGAAAUGUCCCCCGAUAGUA